UCAUUCAGAAAACCCGCUCUUCUCUCUGUCUCUGGUUCAUUUCCCAUCACAGGGUCAUUUUUCCCCUCUUCGAUUGGUUUUUCUUGUAGAUGGAGUUUUUCUUCUUCUUCUUCUUAUCACUGUUCUCUAUGGCAACGGCUGCAGGGCACACAGUGGAAAUGUUUGAUGGCAGCGUGGCAGCGUCCUGACUGUUAACAGCACUAUGCUGAGAUCCCGGGCAGCCUUCUCAUCAUGCUGGAACUGGGCUCCUGUUCGGUCAGCUCUCAGUCUCUGACAGGGGACCACAAUGCUUUGGGGCUUCCCAGAGCUCCGGGAGGGUCGGAGAGUCCAGCGGGCGGUCUGGGUCUUAGCGUGGGGUCGAUGUGCGGCAGCAGCACCCCAAGGUGCCAAGUCCUCCACCCGUCCCCGUCCGACUCGGAGAGCUGGCAGAAGCACCGUGCAGGACUGGCCGGAGGCUCCAGUCUGUACUCCGAGGCCGGGUCCCUGCUGGAGCCCCACAGUCUGUCCACCAGCUUCGACACCCUCUACCUCCCCCACGUGUCCGGCCACACUCCUCCGCUGCACCCCAACCGCCUCGGCCUCUCGCUGGACGUGGCCUCGACGUUCGACGUGGGGAUGCUGGGCGCCGACGGGGAUUUGGCGGUGAGUCCGAAUGUGAUCAAGAGGCGGCGAGGCGGAUUGAUCGAGCAGAGGGACAUCGUCAAAGCCCACCAGGCUCACAAGAUACAGAGCACACCGCAGGCACGGCGCAAGGAGUGGGAAAUGGCCCGCUUCGGAGACGACGUCCCGGGCCUGUUGAGCUCCGGGGAUGGAGGCUCGGAGCGCAACCGCAACCGCGAUGGAGCCGCCGUGUCCACAGGUGGCAUCUCCCCAGCCUUCAAGCAGACCAAAGCGCAGCGAGCCCGCACCAUGGCCCUGUACAACCCCAUCCCGGUCCGGGAGAACUGCUUCACCGUCAACAGGUCGCUCUUCAUCUUCGGGGAGGACAACGUGGUCAGGAAGUACGCCAAGAAGAUCACUGAGUGGCCUCCCUUCGAGUACAUGAUCCUGGCCACCAUCAUCGCCAACUGUAUCGUCUUGGCUCUGGAGCAGCACCUUCCUGGAGAGGACAAAACGCCCAUGUCCAAGAGGCUGGAGAAGACUGAACCCUACUUCAUCGGGAUGUUCUGCUUCGAGGCCGGGAUCAAGAUCAUCGCGCUGGGCUUCGUGUUUCAUAAAGGUUCCUACCUCAGGAAUGGAUGGAACGUCAUGGACUUCAUCGUGGUCCUCAGUGGGAUUCUGGCUGCAGCAGGAGCUCACAUGAACAUCUCAGUGGACCUGAGGACUCUGAGGGCGGUACGAGUGCUGCGACCCCUCAAACUGGUGUCAGGAAUCCCCAGUCUGCAGAUAGUCCUGAAGUCCAUCAUGAAGGCCAUGGUUCCUCUGCUGCAGAUCGGUCUGCUGCUCUUCUUUGCAAUCCUGAUGUUCGCCAUCAUCGGCCUGGAGUUCUACAGCGGCAAACUGCACUACACCUGCAUACCACAGCCUGGAAUACUAGAAAAUGAGACAGUGGACUCCUCGGAGUUUGAGUUCCCAUGUGGCGUCCGUCAGUGUCCGGCCAAAUACACCUGCAGCGACACCUGGAUCGGCCCGAAUGAUGGCAUCACGCAGUUCGACAACAUCCUGUUUGCUGUGCUUACUGUCUUCCAGUGCAUCACCAUGGAGGGAUGGACUACUGUACUCUACAAUACCGACGAUGCCUUGGGCCCCAACUGGAACUGGCUCUACUUCAUCCCUCUCAUCAUCAUCGGCUCCUUCUUCGUCCUGAACCUGGUGCUGGGAGUCCUCUCUGGAGAAUUUGCCAAAGAGAGGGAGCGAGUGGAGAACCGGCGGGCCUUCAUGAAGCUGAGACGCCAGCAGCAGAUUGAGAGAGAACUGAACGGCUACCGGGCCUGGAUCGACAGAGCAGAGGAAGUGAUGCUCGCAGAAGAGAAUAAGAAUUCAGGACCUUCUGCACUCGAUGCUCUCAGGAGGCUCCCAGAGUGGAGUACAGGUGGUGCCUACGUGUUGAAGCGAGCCACCACCAUCAAGAGGAGAGGGAUGGAUGUGGUGCACCAGGGGCAGCCGGGGGAGGAACAGUACGGCGACAUCUCCUCUGUGGGCAUCCCCAUGGCCAGAGCCAGCAUCCGGAGCGCCAAACGGGGUCCGACGGCGUAUUUCCGCCGUAAAGAGCGACUCCUUCGCAUCUCGAUCCGCCGCGUGGUGAAAACUCACACCUUCUACUGGACGGUUCUGGGCCUCGUGGCUCUGAACACUCUGUGUGUCGCCAUCGUUCACCACAACCAGCCGCUGUGGCUCUCCAACUUCCUCUACUAUGCAGAGUUCCUGUUCCUCGCUCUGUUCCUGACUGAGAUGUUCCUGAAGAUGUACAGUUUGGGUCCUCGUCUCUACUUCCACUCCUCCUUCAACUGCUUCGACUGCAGCGUGAUCGUUGGCAGCAUCUUUGAAGUGCUGUGGGGCUUCUUCAGGCCUGGCACCUCCUUCGGCAUCAGCGUCCUGCGAGCUCUCCGUCUGCUGAGGAUCUUCAAGAUCACAAAGUACUGGGCGUCUCUGAGGAACCUCGUCGUCUCUCUCAUGAACUCCAUGAAGUCCAUCAUCUCGCUGAUCUUCCUCCUCUUCCUCUUCAUCGUUGUGUUCGCGCUGCUCGGCAUGCAGCUCUUCGGCGGCAGGUUCAUCUUUGAAGACUACACCCCGACCAACUUCGACACCUUCCCUGCAGCCAUCAUGACUGUCUUUCAGAUUCUGACCGGAGAAGACUGGAAUGAGGUGAUGUACAACGGAAUUCGCUCUCAAGGAGGAGUGAAGUCCGGCAUGUGGUCGUCCAUCUACUUCAUAGUUCUCACUCUGUUUGGAAACUACACUCUGCUGAACGUCUUCUUGGCCAUCGCUGUGGAUAAUCUGGCCAACGCACAAGAACUUACCAAGGAUGAAGAGGAAGCCGAGGCGGCGUUCAACCAGAAACACGCUCUGCAGAAGGCGAAGGAGGUCGGCCCGUUGUCCUCCUUCAUGUCUUCAGAGGGAAGCCGGCGGAGGCGACCCUACCUGUACAGGAAAAGAGCGAUUCACCGCAGCCGGCCAACCUACUCCUGCUCCCUGGAGGAGGCCCAGGGCAGCAUCAGGGAGGGCCGGCCUCCCCCGCCACUCAACCCCUCUACCUCUUUCAUGUCCAGGAGGGAGAGGAGAAAGAGGAUGACCAUGUCGGUGUGGGAGCAGAGGACCAGCCAGCUUCGGAGACACCGACAGAUGUCCAGCCGAGAGAUCCUCUUCAGCAGCCCCAGCGACGAGAAAGACGGACCUCCUGCCUCGGCUCAUCCCCAGCAUGGACGCCCGCUGUCCUUGCACCGAAAGGCCAUGCAGCACACGCCGUCAGGGAGUUUAAAACGCCUGACAGACCCCCUGACCUCCCCAGCCAAGAACCAGGCUUCAGGCUCUACCAUGUCGGUGGAUUUGCCCCUGGAUGCUGCUCUAUCUGGAGACGUACCCGAACCCCCGGUAUCGGUGCUGGUGCCGGAGUCGGUGGAUCCUACAAAUGUACCUCUUCCUGAUUCAGUGUCCAUGACCAUCCCAGAGCCUCCUGAAGCAGAGCCCGUCACCGAGGGUGGAAAACUGGGCAUCAAUCAAAGCCACAAACCCACCAGCGAGCGACGAAGCCCCAGGCUGAAAGGCGAACGUCAGCACAGGGUGGUAAAGAAGUUUAGACCUCCGGAUAAUUUGGACACAUUGACUCCUGAAAUGGGAGGUCAUGGUGGGAUCAGGGGCAGGAGGGCUCUGCAUCACUGUGACCAUCAGAGUGGGACCAGAAGUCAAGGAUCUUCCCCGGGGAACGGCAGCAACUCGGCGAGUUGUUCGGGGGUCAGCGAGAAGAAGGGAAACCAUGGAACAGCACAGGAAAAGGAUGGAGAGCCAGAAAACACAGAAGGAGAAGAGUCUAAACAUGAGGAGAGCAGACAGGGAGACCAGAGUGAAGAACUGGACAGUAACCCAACAGAAAACCAGACUCAAACUGGUGACCAGUGUCCUCAGAAGCAGGAGGAGCCUCCUCAGCAAUCAGAACCGAGUGCGCCUGAUGUCUCAGAGGACAACAAGGAGGAGAAGGAGGCCGAGCAGGACCAGGAUGAACCUCAGCUCAGCUCCAGUGUGAUCAUCGAGGUUCCCAAUGUGCAGCCAUCUCUGGAGCUCUCCACAAUCACAGUCAACAGUAAGGACCCUGAAACCUGCAAAUCAGAGGAAGCAGAAGAGAUGAAGCCCGUCAACACUGUGACCCCAGACAGCAUGUUCAUCUUCAAACCUGACAACCCGGUGCGUCGAGCCUGUCACUAUGUGGUGAACCUCCGCUACUUUGAGAUGUCCAUCCUGCUGGUCAUCGCUGCCAGCAGCAUCGCUUUGGCUGCUGAGGACCCUGUGGCCACCUCGUCCGACUGGAAUAAGGUUCUGCGCUAUUUUGAUUAUGUGUUCACUGGAGUCUUCACAUUUGAGAUGAUUAUUAAGAUGAUUGACCAGGGUCUGAUCCUCCACGACGGCUCCUACUUCAGAGACCUGUGGAACAUCCUGGACUUCAUCGUGGUGGUCGGAGCGCUGGUGGCCUUCGCCCUCACCAAUGUGAUGGGGAACAAUAAAGGACGGGACAUAAAAACCAUUAAAUCUCUGAGAGUCCUGCGAGUCCUCAGACCUCUAAAGACCAUCAAGAGGCUUCCCAAGCUCAAGGCGGUGUUCGACUGCGUGGUGACGUCUCUGAAGAACGUCUUCAACAUCUUGAUCGUCUACAAGCUUUUUAUGUUUAUCUUUGCCGUCAUCGCUGUGCAGCUCUUCAAGGGGAAGUUUUUCUACUGCACCGACAGCUCAAAGGACACGGAGAAGGACUGCCAGGGUUACUACAUCGACUACGGGAAGGACAAGAAGGAGGUGAAGCGACGUGACUGGAAGCGACACGAGUUCCACUACGACAACGUGAUCUGGGCUCUGCUGACUCUGUUCACUGUCUCCACCGGGGAGGGAUGGCCUCAAGUCCUGCAGCAUUCUGUGGACGUGACGGAGGAGGAUCGAGGCCCGAGCCACGGAAACAGGAUGGAGAUGUCCAUCUUCUACGUCAUCUACUUCGUGGUCUUUCCCUUCUUCUUCGUCAACAUCUUCGUGGCCCUCAUCAUCAUCACCUUCCAGGAGCAGGGAGACAAGAUGAUGGAGGAGUGCAGCCUGGAGAAGAACGAGAGAGCCUGCAUCGACUUUGCCAUCAGCGCCAAGCCUCUGACCCGCUACAUGCCUCAGAACCGACACACCUUUCAGUACCGGCUGUGGCACUUUGUGGUGUCGCCGUCCUUCGAGUACACCGUCCUCGCCAUGAUCGCUCUCAACACCAUCGUACUGAUGAUGAAGUACUACUCCGCCCCGCCGGCCUACGAAGCCGUCCUGAAGCACCUGAACACGGCCUUCACGGUUCUGUUCUCGGUGGAGUGUGUCCUCAAGAUCAUGGCCUUCGGUUUCCUGAACUACUUUAGAGACACGUGGAACAUUUUCGACUUCAUCACCGUGUUGGGAAGCAUCACUGAGAUUGUGGUUGACCUGCAGUUUGUGGACACGUUCAACAUGAGCUUCCUGAAGCUUUUCCGAGCUGCUCGUCUGAUCAAGCUGCUGCGUCAGGGCUACACCAUCCGGAUCCUGCUGUGGACCUUCGUUCAGUCCUUCAAGGCGUUGCCGUACGUCUGCCUGCUCAUCGCCAUGCUCUUCUUCAUCUACGCCAUCAUCGGCAUGCAGGUGUUUGGGAACAUUAAGCUGAAUGAAGAGACUCACAUCACCCAACACAACAACUUCAAAACCUUCUCUGGAGCCCUGAUGCUGCUGUUCAGGAGUGCGACGGGGGAGUCAUGGCAGGAGAUCAUGUUGUCGUGUUUGGGGGGACAACAAUGUGAGACGGACCCUUCACUUCCUCCAGCAGUGCAGACCGGCGACCAGGAGGGCGGCUGUGGAUCCGACUUCGCCUACUUCUACUUUGUCUCCUUCAUCUUCUUUAGCUCCUUUCUGAUGUUGAACCUGUUCGUUGCUGUGAUCAUGGACAACUUUGAGUAUCUGACCAGAGACUCGUCCAUCCUGGGUCCUCAUCAUCUGGACGAGUUUGUCAGAAUCUGGGGGGAGUAUGAUCGUGCCGCCUGCGGUAGGAUCCACUAUAAGGAGAUGUACAAAGUUGUUCGCACUAUCUCGCCUCCCUUGGGCUUUGGGAAGAACUGCCCCCACAGGGUGGCCUGCAAGAGACUGGUCCUGAUGAACAUGCCCGUGGACGACGACAUGUCCGUCCACUUCACCUCCACCCUCAUGGCUCUGAUCCGAACCGCCCUCGAGGUCAAGAUCGCCAGAGGAGGGGAAGAUAGAAACCAGAUGGAUUUGGAUCUGCAGAAGGAGAUCAGUGUCAUUUGGCCUCAUCUGUCUCAGAAGACGCUCGACCUGCUGGUUCCGAUUCACAAAGCCAGUGACAUGACCAUCGGGAAGAUCUACGCCGCCAUGAUGAUCAUGGAUUACUACAAGCAGAGCAAAGCCAAGAAGCUUCGACAGCAGCUCGAGGAACAGAAACACGCCCCGAUGUUCCAGCGAAUGGACGCUUCCUCUCUUCCUCAAGAAAUCCUAUGCAAUGCCAAAUCCCUGCUGUUCCUCAGACACAGUGCUGGAUCUGCUCUCACCAGAGGAGGUUUCGUGGCCCUCAGCCCGAUCUCUCCUCAGGAGAUGUUCCUGCAGCCUCUGUCUGGAUCCAGAGAGCAGAAGGAGGAGGAGGAGGAGGGGGAGGAAGAGGAAGAUGAUGACUACCGUUCACCGUAUCAUCCCCACCUACAUCACCACCACCACCAUCUACACACACUGGUGCCAGAAGUAGUGGAGUAUAACCAGGUGAUGCAGCAGACCCAGCAGGACCCAACACUCAUGAAAUCACCUCAGCGGACAGCAUCCAUCAGAGCCUCCUCCAUGCCCAGACUGGCUGUUGAUCCCCAGCCGGGGAUGUCUGCAGACAGUAAGCUGAUGAAGCGCUCCUUCUCCACCAUUGGAGAUCAGUGUGUGAACGGCCUCUGGCAGGAGCAGCACUCUCUGGAGAGAGUCAGUCCUGAUGGUACAUUCAGACCCCGGCAGAAGAGCUACAGAGGCCCAAGAAUCAACCACAGAGAAACCAGCAGUCAUGAGAGAGGGAGAUCUAAGGAGCGGCGCCACCUGCUGUCUCCUGACGUGUCGCGCUGCAACUCUGAGGAGAGAAGUCGAGACCCUUCGUAUGAGAGGAGACGAUCCCGUUCACCCAGCGAACGACGAACACAAACCUUACAGAAACAGGGUAACGCUUCAGACAGCCCUGCACACUCAGCCUCAGAGUCCGGUACCCCCCGGAACCGGCGCCAGCUGCCCCAGACGCCCUCUCGCCCACGGCCUUACAUCUCCUACUCUCCCCUCAUCUGUCGACCCCACUCCUCCCCCACACCGGCGGCCUCCUCUGAGGGACAGACCCAGGCUGAGGAUGGCCCUGCAGGCCCCUCCGAGGCCCCCUGGAGGUCCAACAAGGACACCGGGCCCUUGUCUGCACUUCAGGGGUCGUCCGGAGGUCAGAUUUCAGGGCCGAGCCACCCGUCUCCUCACCGCUACAUAUCGGAGCCCUACCUCCCCUUCCACGAGGACCUCAGCGGCGGCGAAGCAGGUGACAAGCAGGACACUCUCACCUUUGAGUUUGCCAUGGCCACCAGCCUCGGACGGGCCAACGCCAUAAGCUCCGCCCCUCAGCUCAGACACUCCUGGCAGGUUCCUAACGGGCAUUUCCAGAAGCACUUGGGUCAGGCGACUCCAGCCAGCACCAGCGAGCUGCUAAGCGACACAGACGAGGACGACCGCUGCUAAAGACGACGAGGAUGCACCGAGAAACUGCGCCUCACAACGGGGCACCACAAAGGCUUUAGCUCCUCAAGUUCUCAGCACCAGUAGCAUUACAGGCAGGACUGAGCACCGUCGCUGUUUAUCUGGACACUGGUGUCCGUCUGCACGUGUCCUCAUGUGUGUUUGUCAUAGCAGGAGGGAGCGUGUGGACAUGGAUGUGUGUUUAAAUGUGUGUGUGUGUGUGUGUGUGUGCUCUUAAUAGAGAAAAUUUGCCAAAUCAAGAGAACAGCAGAGGCUGACUCUAACAUUAAGUAGCUCACUGCAGGCAAACCCAUGUGUUGCCAAGCCUUCCCACACAAGUCAGUGUUUUGAUUGUUAUCUGAACAAAAUACGGUGAGAUGGUGAUCCAAAGUGUCAAAAUCUAAGAGUUGAAUCCGAGAUUUAAGUGCAUUUUGUGUAAGCGACCAUAGAGGUAGCAUGUAAAGAUGUAAUAAGAUGAAUGUAUUUCAGUUUUAUGUUCAGGUCAUUGGAGAGGAUUGCUGUUAGUCUUUGCUGUGUGUAGUUGUGAGAGUAGAAAUGAUGAAACCGAAGUUGGUUUAGUCACAUUUUGCCAGUUUGUAACCGGCAACCAGCCAUUCCCAACAGUUCCUGUUUACAGCAAGAAUAUCCACAAGAUUCAUGGGCAUUAAACACUCACCAAUCAAUAAAUAGUCAAGAGGAGAAAUCCAGUUCCAGACCAUAAAACGAGCUAAACUUCUAGUGAUGGUCGAGUUAUUUUUCUGCCAUAAUGUGAAAACAAUGACAGUGUAUGUUGAGCACAGUGCAGGUUUAUGUAGAAACUAAUGCUGAACAGAUUAUACAACAAGAGAUGUUUUGUCUCAGGAUACUGGACCACUGAAUUUGUAAUAUUCUGUUCAUUUUGGACACUAAAUGAAGUCUCGUGAGGAUCGGGACUAGAACCGUCUCUUAACCCUACAAUACAAUAACAACAAGAUCAUCACCAGGACUCACAGAGGCCUGAAUCUGCUCCGUUCAUGGACUCCAACGAAGACCAACCAUCUGCAGGAAACACAGUCUAGUUGUUGUCGCUCUGUGAAGCCAAAUGGAUGAACAUUCUCCGCAAAAGUUGUGUCCGAGAGGCGACGAAAGCCAUUUUCUUCCUGUACAUAGAGCCGGGGACGUGUCCUCUCCAGGAUGUGCUGCCUUCUUUCACGUGACGGCGACGGUGAUGAGAAUUUAAUGUCCUUUACACAUGUGAUGCAACAUGGAUGCUUUAACAAAAGAGGAAUCACAGGCAUGGUAUAGUUUUUGUCUUUGCAACAUCGUUCCCAUCGCACAUGUUUUUCAUGGGUAGAAUCAAGCAUCACGGUAUCUUUCUGUGCUUCGGAGUCCUGGUAAUUUCCACAUGCAUGAUCACGGUGACGGUGGUCCUGAGAGAUGUGUGAGAGAGUCGUGUCUUAGAGCUGCCUGGUUAUUCUGAUUUUUAGCGUGUCCACCACGUUUUAACGACAUUAGUUUUGCCAACAAAGUGAAACAGUGAAUGUUUCUCACUCCAAGCCUCCACUGUCCACACCUUUGAACAUUCCAAAAUUUUAGACGAUCUGUUGUUCCCUUCUAAAUAACGUGUAUAUUUAUAUCAUGUGCUGUUGUGUUGUUAUAAUAUGUUGAGUUUGAAAUGUGAACGCAGGACGUAUCUGGAGUGAGGACCCACAGGUAGCAAGAGUUCGCCUGCUGGAGCCCCCAAACAGAAAGUCCUACGCUGAAAAAGACGUAUUUUAGCAGAGAAACCUCCUCUGAAGUGUGUUGAGUACAAGACUUGAUUUGUACAGUACACAGGUUAGGUUAAGGCUUCAGCCUGUAGUAACAUAGGACCGUGCUUAACAUGUACAGUGCAGCCUAGGACUUAACCUGGAUGUCCGUCUGUACAGAACAGCCUAAUCUGUGCCUGGGGAAACUCGCCCAAAGAGUUCCCUUAUCAAGCCUGGAUUUCUUAGCUAGAGAGUAAAUAUGUAGUAUAAACUGUACAAAAUAAAUCCAUGUUUACUUUAUUGCACUGUUUAUAUUUCAUUUGAUGCCUGUCUAUGAUUUAACAAAAAAAGUGUUUACAUAUCUGUUCAAAGGACCAUUAAAAAAAGAGAUCACUUGUC